CGCCUGCGAUGAUACAGCCGUUUUAACCACCUGGGACAGCGAGAGGGGAGCGUGGUGUAUAUCAGUGUGUCAUUCUGGGCUUACGGCGUCAUUCAGCUCGCCAGCAACCCCCCCGGUUGUGUCGAGGUUUUGUCUGCGGGUGAGGUGAAUCCAGACGUCAGGGCGGGCUCAUGUUCCGCUCAUCAGCGAAACGGGCUGUUGCGUCUGCGGAGAGUCAGAGCUGACGAGCCGGCCGAGACACACGGAGAGGCAGGCAGGCAAGCCGAGAGACAGACAGGAGCGAGGGGAGGGGGCGACAGCCUGUUUCGGCUCUCUCGACCCUUUGCGGAUCGAGCCGAGCCCCCUCCGGUUUCCACCCAGAACCCCCACCCAUUUGUUUCCCACUUUGGAUGGGGGGAAAGCAGAGCACGGCGGGGCGGCCCCGGGGUGCUUUUCCCGGUGUCUCUACGGAUGACAGCGCGGUGCCACCGUCGGCCCACUUCGGCCACUACCGGCCGAGUGGCACCAUGGGCCUGCGAAGCCGCUCGGUGAGCUCCGUGGCUGGGAUGGGCAUCGAGCACAGCCCCGCCGUGCCCUUCGGGUUCUAUACUCCCAGAGGGACAGACUCGGAUCGAGCUGGAGGAGGGUCAGGGGGCACUACCACCGCCCCCCACGGUACGGGCUACCAGGACACUGGGGGUGGGGGGCACCACACGGACGGGGUGCUCUAUCUGGGAUCUCGGGGGUCGCUGGCUGACACCUUGCCCCUGCACAUUGCACCCCGCUGGUUCAGCGCGCACAGCGGAUUCAAGUGUCCUGUCUGCUCCAAGUCUGUGGCGUCCAAUGAAAUGGAAGUUCACUUCAUCAUGUGUCUAAGCAAGCCUCGCCUGUCCUACAACGAUGACGUGUUGGCGAGGGAUGCCGGUGAGUGUGUGAUCUGUCUAGAGGAACUGCAGCAAGGGGACACCAUAGCCAGACUGCCUUGCCUCUGCAUCUACCAUAAAAGCUGUAUAGACUCGUGGUUCGAGAUCAAUCGGUCCUGCCCCGAACACCCAUCUGACUGACUGACUGACCACCAGGCCCACUCUGAAUACUGUUCAAGGACAUCCUGUGGUCCUGCCAUGGAUGUCUGGAACCAGAUGCAACCAAAUCGGAUGGAACAAUCAAAGUGAUCAACACGUACUUCUCCUGACAGAAUCCAUCACCAAUAACCAAGAUCAUUACUCCUUGUGAGCUGAACCCAGAAAUCCUACUGUCCAAACCAUCGUAAACAUUGAAGCGCAAACAUUAUUACAUCAGCUGAAGAAACGGCUCCCCCCCCACCACCCCCCCACCCUCUUCCCCCUGCCUGCCCUUCCUUCUGUCCCCCUCCCACUUCUCCAGGCUACCAGUCCCCUCAAAGGGCUUCAUCGACCUCCCUGACAUGCUCAGGAUUCUUGCAGGCCUCCAGCAGCUAACCUUCCAUCUUGUAUCUGGAUCCAGGCCUUUUAGUUGCCCCCCCCCAAAAGGCCUUAACUGGGGGAGAGCAGGGGAAACAGAGCAGAGAGGGGACAGGAGGGAAGAUGAAGGAAACCACACGAGCAAGAAGGAAGACGGAGAGCAUGAGAAAAAGGAGGUGGAGGAAACCAACCGACUGCAGAAGGCGGCUUUGACAUCAGACCUGGGAGGGUUUGGGGGGGGCUUUCAUCUUGCAACAAGACGUCCACUCAUAGCAGUUCAGUUCUGCGCCCUUUCUCACCAAAUGACUCAAAUCUGAAUUUCCCCAAAAUGCUUCUUAGAUCUGGUUUGUGCACACCAGGGUGGGCGGGGAGGGA